AUGAAACGAACGAUUAUUCACCAAGACAACGAGUUCAAUAACAAGUUCAAGAGGAAGAAUCCCGAAUUGAACUUAGUCAGGAUCCCCCAUGAUAUUUUGAAUCUUAUUUUGAAUCAACUAACCCCAAUUGAUAUUAUCAAUUUAUCCCUGCUUGAUCAUGAAUUUCGAACUUAUUUUGCAUCAAUGAUAUUUUCAAAAGUAAAAACAACUUGGAGUAAUUUGAUAGACGAAAUUGAUGGGAAAAGAACUUUCUUAAAAAGAUAUAGAUAUUUCAUUAGACAAUUACGGAUUAUAGAUUGUUAUUCUUAUGGAGAAUGGCAAAUUGAUGUAUUUUCAGAUUUAACUCAUUUAUAUCCUCACUUAACAACCAUAUUAAUUAAUUCAAGAAAUUCUUCCAAUUGGUUAAAAUAUAGAGGAAAUGAUGAUAUAACCCAAUUAACAUUAUAUUUUGAAAAAGAUCAUCUUGAAUCUCAAAAUCAAUUCUUAUCAGAAAACCCGAAAAAUAUUAAUCAAAUUAUAAGAAAUGAAUCAUUGACAGCGAUUACAAAUCCUAGAAUUUUUAGUAUUGAACAUAUUGCUAAUUUUAAAAUGUUAAGGAAACUAUGUCUUUAUGAUUAUCAUUUCAAUUGGGAAAUUCAAUCAAUUGGUAAUCCUGUAUUACUUAUUGAUGAAGUUUCACUUCAUAAUUGUACUUGGGAAUAUCCAUUUAAAUUAUCACAAUUUAAUUAUAAUCAUAAUAUGACAAAAUUGAACAUAAGUUACAAGAAUGAUAAUCCUUUUAUUCAUUCUGAAAGAUUUAAUAGUUUUAUAAAGAAUGAAGAUAAAGAAGAAGAUUUCCAAAGUUUAGAAGUUUUAUCAAUCAAUAUUUUAUAUGAUGAUCUGCAUUCAUUUUUUAUACCAGCUGACUAUAGUUAUAUUCAAAGAAAAGAUAUUUGUGGGUUUAUUAAUCAUGAAAAAUAUCCCAAUCUUCGUCAAUUAACCUUUCAUGGUUGGAUAUUGAAGUUAUAUGAUUUUGAAUCGUUUCCAAAAUCAAUUUCUCGAGAUGAUAAUAACUUAGAAUUACUUGAUUUAGAAAUUUUUGAUACGUUAUCCGCUUUAUGUUUAGCUAAUACAGAAACAUAUUUGAUUCGUAUUCCUCAUUAUUUUGAUAUUAUACCUCAUCCCAAAAAUAUGAAUCAUCAGGAUAAAUUAGAAAGAAAUGCUCAGGUUAUAAAUGAGACCCAUUACAUCAUAUUAGAAUAUCCUAUUCAAACAAUUAAGACAUUUGAUAAAGAUCAUAUAUCCAAUGUUAUUAAAAUAACAGAUUAUAAUUCAAUUACACCAAUGAAGAAAACAUUAUUUGUUAGAGUUAAUAAUUAUGAAGAUAAUAUUUUCAAUUCUGAUGAUUUACUUAAUGUGAAGUUAUGUUGGCCAGCAAUUUAUCCAUUUGAUUUUAGAAUCUCACAUCAAUAUUUACAUUUAAAUGAAUUAAUACCAACUACUUCCGAUGAUUCAUUUGAUUUAUAUAUCCGAAUAGAUUAUGAAUUCUUUGGACAAACUUAUGAUCGGGAUAUGUAUUUGUCAGAGAAUGAAGAAUUGCAAUUUCAAUUGUAUAUUAACAAAUUACCAAAUAAAUGGAUACCAAUUCCCUUAGAAUUAUAUGAUAUUUUAAUAUAUAUUAUAGAUAUUGCUAUAUUAUUUGGAUGGAAUAUAAUACCGUAUAUUAUAUCCACGGUUACUUCUGUAUAG